AUGCGGCCGACCCAGAAAGAACCACGGCUCCCAAGCCCGCUGGGUCGACCGCAUGUGCUCUUUGAUGGCUCCUUCAUCAACGAGUUCCUGCAGCCGGGCCCAGAACUUGACGCGUCAGUGCUAAUGCGCGCGACCUACGUCGGUGGACAUGAGCUAGCAGAGCGAGGAAAGGAUCAUCCCCAGCACCAUCCUCGUCAGGGGCUAUCCAAGAACAGCAGACGUCUCGAAAACCGGCCGGCUCACCUCGACUUCUCGUCAGACAUGGAUGCGGCCUUCUUUCUGGCCAUCUUGGCUUCUGUCGAUGCCGUUGCAUCUCGACGGCUCGCCAUGACCCCUGCCACGGCGGCCAACAUGAUGUCGCUCCAGACGGCCAGUGCAUCUGUUCUCAUUCUAUGCCCAACAAGCUGGUGGCUUGGUCCGUUGAGGUGGAUGGUCCCGUGGUCGGCACAGAAGAUGAUGGAGCGGGCCCGCACGCUUCUCGAGAGCAGCAACGUUGUGGAUGUGGUGGAGCAGAUCAUCGACGGAGAGGUUGUCAAACGGCAGUAG